UUAUCGUCAUUUAUUAUUAAACAUUCAGGCAGGUGUCAACAUAUUGAUUUUUAUCUAACUGCUAUUUACCAUUGUCAUAACAAUACAGCAGAUACAUACAUAGAAUUAGAAGAAAAUAUGAUUGAAGAGGGUUCGCACGAAAAAUUAAUAAGUAAUUGUUUGAAAAUACAAGAAUCUGGAUACACAAAAGAAAUCACUACUACUUUGAAUGACGAUAAUUCUAUGGAAAGUCAUGUCCAGUGUGACAAAAAUGGACAACUUUCAAACGCCACAGGGGAAGAUGAGCAAAGUUAUAACAAUCAUCAUAUUGUCCCCAUUGGAUUGUUAAUUGUUUUUGCAACCAUUUAUUUGGGAAUGAGCAGUUUACCUCGCUGCUUUGUAAAUUGUGCCGAAAAAAAUAUUUUGCGUACCACCCAGACCUACCCACACCCAGAAAAUAUCAAAGGUGCACAAAAUGUUUUGGAUAGGUUGUUAGAAUACAAAGAUAUAUGCAAGGAUUUGGCAAUAUUCACAAAAGACAUCAACAAGACCCAGCAUGAAGAAAACAAGACAGUAUCGCAAAAACAAUCGCUUUUGGACUUUGCUGAGAGUAGUGGCGACACUGUAGACGGAGGUAGUGGUAGAGGAGAUAAGUGUUCCAAAGCAUACAGUAAGAAAAACAAAAAAUCUAAAUAUUCUAUAAAAAUGCCUUCUAAUGGUAAAAAUGGUUUCCAUAAAAAUAAAAAUUCCACUAAAGCCAAAGUGAAUAAGUUUACCAAAACCGACAAAAAGGAUGCCGAACCCAUUAUAUAUUUGUUUGCCUUAGUAUUUAUUUACUUGCUACUCAAAGCUGCGUCGGACAUAAAUCAACAUUAUAAAUCGGAGAAUAAAAACGAUAAACGCUUCUUGAGACGGUGCUCUCUGCAGUCCUACGCCCAAACCCACAGAGAUCGUCGGGCAUCAAAAGAACAAAAACGUACAGUGGCAUCAUCAUCAUCAUCUCGGCGAGACACAGGCGCUGAGCAGCAAUAUUAUUAUCAUAAUUUAGAGAUGUCUUCUUCCCAAAAAACGCCAACACCACCACCACCCCCCCUAUCACCCUUACCAGGCAGUGGCAGCGGCAGCGGCAACCAUAAUUGGCAACUACUACGACAGCGUAUGACCCUAUCCCUAGAUAAUUCGAAUUCACUGUCGCCAUUAACAAAACCAGAGUUAUCCGUGAUGAUGCAGAGGAGGCGUUGUUCAGUGCCGGCCUCAACGUUUCACCAGCAGAGACACAAUAGCAAGAAUCCCUUGGGCUUAUUAUCCGACUCCCUAGAAAGGCGAACAUCCAUAACCAUGCCAUUGGUGGAUUCCGUAGAUAUGUUGGGCCCCGAAACCACCAAACGUAGAGUGCGCAUGAUUAAUAGACACUAAAGGUGAAAGCACAGACCUUUAGAUUGGAAUGAAAUGCAUUCGGUUUAUGAAACAAUAUUACAAAAAUAUAUAUAUCGAUUUAUUUAUUGGUCAUCUGUAUCGUAAUUGUAUUGUAGUAAAAAGUAAAUGAAUGUGUAGUUGUAGUUAUGUUCGGGAUCCUAUCAUCUAUGUUUGUCAUUAUUUACACUAUGUUGUUAUUCAUAUAAAUAAGUCAUUAAAACUGCAUACAAAGUUACUAUAUCAAGUUUCUUGCGAUUUUUUGUUUGUUUUCAUUCUCUUAUCAUCUCAUUAUUAUCAAAAACUAAAAAUGAUUUUGUGUAUAAACUUAACUUAAGGGAAAGAAGCGUAACUAAUAAUGUGAUCUAAAUUUGUAAACACCUUUUAUCAUUAUUAUUACGAAGCAUUUAUUAUAUUCCGUUGUGGGAAGAAUGUAUGUGUAUGUUAGUGCAAUUUAAUAAUUCUAUUUAAAAAUGUACAUUUUUAUCUUAUUGAAAAUUAAUCCUACUAAACUAUGUACUUUAAAUAUUAAAAAUAAACUCUAAACGCUAGAAAGGCAAGAUAUUUGAACAGUAA